AUGCCGGUCUGCUGCGACGCUUCAGCCAACCUGGGCAGCUUCCCCGUGGAUGUGUCCAAGUACGGAGUCCUCUAUGCGGCGUCCCACAAGAACUUGUCCACUGCCGGGGUCUGCUACGCCAUCAUCCGCCGGGACCUGAUCUCCGAGCGCACGCAGCUCAAGGCUGUGCCGACCAUGUGCAACUGGGUGACGUUUCAGAACGCCCCGAACAAGAUCUACAAUGUGCCCGUGCUGAUGUCGGUGUGGAUUGGCGCCCUGAACACGGAGUGGAUGAUCGAGCGGGGCGGGGUGGAGGCGUUCCAGGAGCUCGCCGUCACCCGUUCCCAGAUGCUUUACGAUCUCAUCGACAACUCCGGCGGUUUCUACAACACUUUUGUGACCAACGAGGCCUUCCGCUCGCGGAUGCAAGUGGUCUUCACCAUCGGCGAUGGGGCUGGCAAGGGCCACGAGCUCGUGGAGAAGUUCCUCCAGAAGGCCAACGACGAGCUGGGCUGGCUGGACAUUCGCUCUCACCCCCUGGGCGUGCCGUCCGACGCCAUUCGAGUGACUAUGUACAACCACCAGACCCUUGACACCAUCAAGGUGGUCCGCGAUUUCAUGCACAACUUUCAGAAUGAGCACAGUUCAAUCGACCUCCCGAGCUUCCAAGCUCAGGAGAGCCAGGCCUCAGCCAUGGCCUGA